AUGCCGAGUUGGAGGGGUUCUCUUCCAAGGGCCCUCGUCCGGGGUCGCUUCCUCCUCCCCGCAAUGUUUGCGCCAUGUUUCCUAGAUGCGGGCGGCGCAGUCGGUGUCGAGGACGGAGGGCGACUAGGGGAGGAGCUUAUCGGUCGUCUUGCCGAACAGGUCGUAGCGGAGGUGGCCGCGCGCAAAUUCGACAAGCUCUUGUUAGCGUCGCGCAAGCGAUGCGCGAUGGAGGGAUUCGGUGAGCACGAUGAUGUCGAGGUGAUGGCGAGCAACAGCCUGGAGAAGUUUUUCCUGACGCGGCACAAUGAUAAGGAUAAGAAGCGUAGUCUUUUGGUUAACCUGCACUGGCGCGUCACGCAAUCCAAACAUCAAACCCGGAGGACAUGUCAAGAGCUUCUUCCGGAGGUUGGCCAUCUGCCAAAUGCGCCGGUCACCGUCACCGGGGCGAGAGACGGCAUGGUCGUUAUCGUUUACAGGCAGAUUGUAAAGUUCUACGUCGGAAGGCUGGCGCCGCGGAUAAGUAUCGGUGCGGUGUUGCGUGGGAGUGGUGUGGCGUAUGUUGGGGACUCUUCCGACCAAAGGGCGGGCAUGGCAGGGGAUCGUCGGUGUCGAGGAUUUGGCGGACGAAGGGCAGCGCGGGGCAAGGGAGAACGGUUGAAGCUGGCGCGGAGAGAGGCAGAGUUCCAUGUAGCGCAUAGUGAGGAGAAGAGGGGGAAGGUGUUGUACUCCAACCAUCAUAACAACAUCUCGUCAAGCAUCGCCUCGUCUUUGGUAGCUGCGCUGCACUUCUUGAGGAUCGAGGAGCUAGCGCGAAAGUGGCAUUGA